GAUCAGCUGACAGUAGAGUAGGAACUUUCCUCGUCUGGUGUGACGUCAUGACACAGAGGUGGUGUUCAGUGUGGAUGUGUUAGGCACUCUGAACGCGGGCUGCUAUAUUUCUGAUUAAUAUUCCUCACUAUAUUAAAAAAAACACUUUCGUCUACAGACCAGACAAGAACGCGCUUGUGGAUACUGACUGCUGCAGUUUAACACUGCUACCAUCUAUAACAAAGAAAGACAUCUCUCUCCUGUGUUUAAAUGAGUUAUGAUCAACCUCCCCCAUACACAGGCCCGGGCGGCCCAGUUCCAGGUUACCCUCCUCAAGGCGCACCUGGUUACCCCCCUCAGGGCUACGCACCUCAGGGUUACCCGCCGCAAGGUUAUCCUACUCCGGCCUAUCAAGCUGGCCCCGACCAGCCACCUUUCCCUAACUACCCGCAGGCUCCUCCAGGGUCAUACCCAGGCCAGCCUGGCUAUCAGGGAUAUCAGGUACCUCCUCAACCCCAGUAUGGAGGACCAGUGUAUGGAGAGGCACCUAAAAACACAGUGUAUGUGGUCGAGCAGGGCCGGCGAGACGAUUCGGGUGAGCAGGCGUGUCUGACCGCAUGCUGGACAGCUCUGUGCUGCUGUUGUCUGUGGGACAUGUUGACCUAAUCUGACUCCAACAAGGCCUCAUCUGCAAAGACCUUUCCCUCCGUAUUUAUGUAUGGCUACUGCAAAACCAGAUUCUGAUCUAAUAAAAGGAGGAGUGGUUUGU